AUGCUGCAGAAUGCGACUGAUCCGCAUUCGCUCUCCAACGCUGCUUCCCAACCCGCCUCCUCCUCCAUCCAAGAUCUACUUGACCGCGGUGAGCUCGUCAAGCACCGUGAGUUCUGGUUCACCGACGGCUCCCUCGUCCUCCGUGCCGACAACACCCUCUUCCGUGUCCACAUCUCCCAGCUAUGUCGGAAGACCGCCUUUUUCCGCGACCUCUUCGCCCUCCCCCAACCGCCCGCUGCCGCCGCCGCCGAUGGCUCACAUACCACAGAGGAGCGUUUUGACGGAUGCCCAGUCCUCGUGCUGUACGACUCCCCGGAGGACGUAGCGAAUCUAGUGAAGGUCAUUUAUGACGGCCCUAAUUUCGGGAUCAACGAUCGGGAUGACUUUAACGUUCUCUCCGGCGUUCUCCGUCUCUCGAGCAAGUACCUCGUCCAAGAGCCCACCCGCGCAAAGGCCCUCGCCCACAUUAGCACCGCCUGGCCGUCGACGCUCAAAGCAUGGGACCUACGCGAGGACCUUGCGCGGUUAUAUGAGGUGCAGACGGGGCAAUCGAGAGGGCAUCGAUACGCCAAUCCCAUCGCGGUGGUCAACCUUGCGCGCGAGAUCGACGCAGACGAGCUCCUCCCAAGCGCCUUCUACGAGCUUUCGCGCUACACCUUCACCGAGAUUUUCGAGCCCGCGCCCGGGGACCCUCUCGAGCCUCCGCCGUCACCAUUCACUUCUGCCCUCGGCACUCCACCCACGUCCGCACCCGUCUUACCCUCCGCCUUCGCCGCCUCACCAUCUUCGACCGCAGGCCGCCAGCACGCGAUCACUGCGCUCAUCCAGAACAUGGAGCACGCCGGGCCCGACCCCCCGCGGUGCCCCCCAAGCCACCGCCGCUCGCGCUCCGCCCAGGCCCUCGCGCUCCCCGGUUCGCCCACCGGGUCCCCGGGCCCGCGGCGCCCGGUGUGCGCGACCCCGGCGGCGUGCCGGAAGGACCUGGGGGAGCUGAUCGAGCUCGCGACGCAGCACUACCUGUUCGACCGCGAGCAGGGGUGCGCGGACCCGCUGUACGUCGCGGAGGAGCUCGGGCAGCUGAAGAGCGCGGAGUUCUCGGACUGCGUUGCGUGCGCGCGCGCGCUGGAGGCGUGGGCGGCGCGGGAGCGGGAGCGGCUGUGGAGGGCGGUCCCAGACUGGUUCCGGCUGCGAUGA